AUGCAGUUCACUCAGCUUCUCCUGUCGACUCUCUUCGCCUCAUCGGCAGUCUUGGCCGCCCCUGUGUCUAUGAUGGCUUCCGGCCCUGAGUGGACCAUAACGGACAUGAAGCGCGUUUGCAACGCCGCCGACACUGAGUGCACCUGGACCUUUGGCAUCGAAAUCGGCAAAGGCGCUACCACCGAUUGCACCUAUGUUGAGAAGGGCAGCGAUGCCUCCCAGAUUGUGGGAGGAGGCCCUUCUACCUGCGGCAAAUAUACCAUCACUUCGAACUGGAGCGGCCAGUUCGGGAAGGGUAAUGGUUUCACGACCUUGGCCGUUGUCGACAACCCGACCAGUCAGAUCAUCUACCCCGGCUACAAGGACACGCAGCUUGUGAACGGAACCGUCGUCAAGCCUGAUCAGAGCUAUGCCCCAGCCGCUCUCCCAUAA